AGGGCCCCGCCGGCCUCGGUGCUCUGGGCGGUGGGCACCGCCCUCGGCUGAGGACGUGGAUGGUUUGGCCGGGGCCGCGCGGGGAGGCGGGCGGCUGCCGGGCGCCGGGUUUUUCAGUCAGCUGAAGGUGUGGUGGAUACACUGGGAUGGACACAGAGGAAUUCCCUCCCCCACCCCCAGAAGUUCUAGAGCAUGAACCCAAAGCUGUGGGUACAAAUGAUGAAGAGGAGGAUGAGGGAGAGCAGUUUGACUUUGACAGUGGGGAUGAGAUACCGGAAGCAGACAGACAAGCCUUCGUGCCACCUCCUCCUGAUCCUGGAAGUAACACAGAGCACCAAGAGGCUAAUGUCACAGCUAAAGGAGCUGAUAGCUUAGAAAAAAGUGAGAAGCUACAAGCAUCAGAACCUAUUGCAGAAGAUACUCCAAGGAAAGUAAAUCCCUACUCAGUCAUAAAUAUUUCCCCAAUGCAAGAAAAGGAUCCAUCCUCCUCACCAGAUCCAAGUCCUCAGGAUGAACCUGCCAGUCCAAACACGUCCAGUGGAUAUUCUGUCCCUGUGCCCUGUGGCUAUGCAGUGCCAUCCAAUUUACCUCUGAUACUGCCAGCAUACUCCAGUCCUGUCAUAAUACGUAGCGUUUCUGUAGAUGAGGAAGCAGGUAUGCAAUCAGCAACUGAAGAAUGUCAAUGUAAUUCUUUAAACUCAGAGGAGCCCCAAAAUAGUGAAGAUAACCAGGACAAAAGAGAAGAUGAUGCUCUGGCCAAGUGGGUUGCAGAUCCUGCAAAUACAGCGUGGAUGGAAAACCCAGAUGAAGUAAUUUACGAUGACGUGCCAAGAGAAAAUUCGGACUCUGAACCAGAGGAAAUGAUUUAUGAUGAUGUUGAAAAUGGCGAUGAUGGUGGAAACAGCUCACUGGAGUAUGGAUGGAGUUCAAGUGAGUUUGAAAGCUAUGAAGAGCAAAGUGAUUCUGAGUGUAAAAAUGGAAUUCCCAGCUCCUUUUUGCGAGGCAACCACAAGAGGCAUCUUUCUCAUGACCUUACGCGUUUAAAGGAGCAUUAUGAGAAAAAGAUGAAAGAUUUGAUGGCAAACACUGUGGGAGCAGUAGAGAUUCAGCAACUAAAGCAAAAACAUGAGCUGAAGAUGCAAAAGCUCAUGAGAGCUGCUAGAGAAGGUACCAAAGAUGGACUUGAAAAGACAAAAGCAGCUGUGAAGAAGGGUCGUUCUUUCAUUAGAACUAAGUCUUUUAUUUCUCAAGAUCACAGAUCAUCAUGCCUGGAAGAAGAGGAGCUAAAUUUAUUUAUUGAUGUGGACUGUGUGCAUACAGAAGCGAUUAUGACCCCUAUGCCUGAAGGAUUAUCACAACAGCAGGUUGUGAGAAGAUAUAUUUUGGGCUCUGUAGUUGAUAGUGAAAAGAAUUAUGUGGAUGCUCUGAAAAGAAUCUUGGAGCAAUAUGAGAAGCCCCUUUCAGAAAUGGAACCAAAAUUACUGAGUGAAAGAAAACUCAAAAUGGUCUUCUAUAGAAUUAAAGAAAUUCUUCAAUGCCAUUCAAUGUUUCAAAUAGCCCUGGCGAGUCGUGUGUCUGAGUGGGAUUCUGUUGAAAUGAUUGGCGAUGUCUUUGUUGCUUCAUUUUCGAAGUCGAUGGUAUUGGAUGCGUACAGUGAAUACGUAAACAACUUCAGUACAGCUGUGGGGAUUCUGAAGAAAACAUGUGCCACCAAACCUGCCUUUCUAGAUUUCUUGAAGCAGUGCCAGGAGUCAAGCCCUGAUCGGAUUACACUGUAUGGUUUAAUGAUGAAACCUAUCCAGCGCUUCCCACAGUUCAUUCUGCUAUUGCAGGAUAUGUUGAAGAACACAAAUAAAGGACAUCCUGACAGAUUACCCCUGCAGAUGGCUCUUACAGAACUUGAAACACUAGCAGAAAAGCUGAAUGAAAGAAAAAGGGAUGCAGAUCAGCGCUGUGAAAUAAAACAAAUAGCAAAAGCAAUGAACGAACGUUACCUGAACAAGCUACUCAGCAGUGGAAACAGGUACCUCGUCCGGACUGAUGAUAUGGUGGAAACAGUUUACAAUGACAAAGGAGAAAUUGUCAAAACCAAAGAGCGACGACUUUUCAUGUUAAACGAUGUGCUGAUGUGCGCAACUGUCAACGUACGCACUUCCUAUGAAAGCAGCGGCACUGUGACAACUGGCCAGAGGUAUUUAUUAAAAUGGAGCGUACCAUUGGGACAAGUGGAAGUUAUAGAGUAUGGGAGCAGUGAGGGCCAAGGAGAGAACUGCAGGUUUCCACCCCAGCACUCUGCUGAAAAUGUUAUUGUGAACUCUAAGCCAAACAAGCUGUAUAUGGGACCAGGGCAACUAUACCAUGAUCUGCAGAACCUUUUACAUGAUUUGAAUGUAGUUGGUCAAAUUAGUCAAUUAAUAGGCAGCCUUAAAGGAAAUUAUCAGAACUUAAACCAGUCGGUAGCACAUGACUGGACCUCGGGUUUACAAAAAUUGAUCUUGAAAAAAGAAGAUGAAAUCAGAGCAGCAGAUCGCUGUAGAAUUCAGCUGCAGCUUCCAGGAAAACAGGACAAGUCUGGGCGGCCUACUUUCUUUACAGCUGUAUUCAAUACCUUUACCCCUGCCAUCAAACAGUCUUGGAUCAACAAUUUGCAAAUGGCUAAACUAGCCCUUGCGGAGGAUAACCUGUUAGGUUGGUUCUGUGUGGAAGAUGAUGGGAAUCAAAUCAAAAAGGAGAAACAUCCUCUCCUUGUUAGACACAUGCCAGUGAUGAUGGCGAAGCAGCAGGAGUUUAAGAUUGAAUGUGCUGCCUAUAACCCUGAACUGUACCUCUCUGGAGAAACAGAGUCAGAUUCCUGUUCCAUGGAACAUGGUUUUCUUUGGAUUGGCAGUUGUACUAAUCAGAUGGGGCAGAUCGCAAUAGUCUCAUUUCAAAGCUCUGGCCCUAAGGUUAUUGAGUGCUUCAAUGUGGAAUCGCGGAUUCUCUGCAUGGUCUACAUACCAGAAGAAGAGAAAAUAAAGGAGAUAAAUAUGUCUCUCAACUCUGAAAAUGUUCCUACAAAAGCUUCUAAUGUGCCUACUAUUUGCCUUGGCAUGGAAGAAGGAAGCAUUUCUAUUUACAAAAGUUGCCAGGGCUCAAAGAAAAUUCGUCUUCAACACUUCUUCACUCCUGAAAAAUCAACUGUCAUGAGCUUGACGUACAUGUCACAAUACCUGUUUGCUGGCUUGGUAAAUGGAAACAUUGCAAUCUACACAAAAGGAGAAGAUGGAACAUGGAACACAGAACCUCAGAAGACAGUUAAACUGGGGGUUCUGCCUGUUAGAAGUCUGCUUGUGAUGGAAGAUACCAUUUGGGCUGCAUGUGGUGGACAAAUUUUUAUAAUCAGCACAGUGACUCAUUUUAUAGAGAGCCAUUUUGAAGCACACCAAGAGGAAGGUAUGGUAAUCUCUCACAUGGCUGUUGCUGGAGUGGGAGUCUGGAUUGCUUUCACAUCUGGAUCUACGCUUCGUUUGUUCCACACUGAGACACUGAAACACCUCCAGGAUGUUAACAUUGCCACGCCUGUUCACAAUAUGUUGCCAGGGCAGCAGCGUGUUUCUGUGACCAGUCUGCUGGUGUGCCAUGGCUUAUUACUGGUUGGAACAAAUCUGGGGAUAAUAGUAGCAUUGCCAGUGCCACGCUUGCAGGGAAUUCCCAAAGUAACUGGGAGAGGAAUGGUGUCGUAUCACGCGCACAAUGGGCCGGUCAAGUUUCUUGUAAUGGCUACAUCUAUAAACAAGAAAAACAAAAACAAGCUAAGGAACAGCCUGCCUCGUGGCUCAGAAUCUAAAGACAAAGACCAGAGGAAUGUUCUGCACAGUGACAGACCAGGCUCUUCCAAUAGCAGCAACCCUGAUACUUCAGUUUGGCUGGGAGGUUCGGCAGGAUCCAUUGCACAAAAAAGUGACUUGUCUUCAUCUUCUGGAUCCCUUACAUCAAGUUCCCUAGAGCAUAGGCCAGAGGACAGUAACAUUUAUGAGCUUUUGAAGGAUCAAAAUAUCUCUUUUAAAAAUAAAAGACAGAGAUCCAAGAAAAUGAAAGCAAGUUCAGUAUUAGUCAUUUCUGGUGGUCAAGGACACAGAAGAGUGAACAAGAAGACCAAGCAGCAACGACAAGAUGAAUUAGUGUCCUCAGUGAUGGUCUGGCAAAUCCCGCUAUUAAAUAUAUGAGUGAACUAAAUUCAAGAUACUUUCUGCUAUUAAAAAGUCUGAUAUCUUUAUACAGCAAAUGCUGGCUUAGGACCCAAGCCAAAAGACUUUAUGACAUGGGAGCAAUUUCAGUAGGAUUUGAUCACGGAAUUAAGGGAUACAAAGCAGAGUCUUUACGUACGUAGAAUAUUCUGCGGUGUCAGGGUAUUGGAAAAUGUCUAGCUGUUGAUGCUAUCUUUGAUACUUAGAACAGAAAGGAUUUGUCAGACAUUUUAAAAGAUUUUAGGACUUUUGUCUUAUUUAUGUUCACAUUUAUAAAUAUCGUCAUUAUGUUCUAUAGCACUUGGGGAAGGCAAGGAACAUGUGCUGUGUCACAUGCUGGUUUUUGCUUAUGUAAAUCAGCUGUUGUUUCCUUUUCCAAACCGACAUAUUGCAUGGGCUGUAGAUUUUAACAAAUUAGCACAAAAAAAUUUUUAACAAUAAAAAUCCUAAUGUGAAAGCUAAUAUUAGUAAUUACUGUAACAGUUAGUAACAUCACUCCAUAAGCCAGAGUUUGCUCUGAACAAACACAGUUAUAUUAAUUGAAACUUUUUUUUUUUUUUUCAACAUAGACAAUAGAUUUUUUCUUUGUAUUCUUAAUGCUCAGUAUUAUGAAAAAAGUUGCAGU